GAAACAUAUUGUUAUAAAUGGUUACCAAUGGAGAAACGAAUUCGGAAUUAGUAAAUAGAAAGGGUAUUAAAGCAAUAUUGCGCAGGAUCGAUAAAUAUAAGAUUUGUUUGGAUAAAAAACCAUAAAUUAUUCACACAAAAAUGCGGACAGUGCUUUUUUUUUUACCAUUAAUUGUAUUUAAAGGUAUUCGUUUAAGUAAGAUUGCCCCCGACAUGAUAAGUACGUGCCCCAACUUUUUUUGUUGUGUAUUCACGGUUCCAGUUUGGACAACGAAAUGCACAUGCUUGCAGUUUUCAUUACUGAACAGUCUUAAAGGAGAAAUUGCAAAAUAUCUCAAGGUUAGUUGGAGCUAUUGAAGUUCUGUUCUAAACAGGUUCGAAAGCCAUUUCCUUUUUUACAAUCGGAGCCUUUUAGAAAGAGGCUGCAGCGUUGGACAUGAACAACGGAUCUGUGACGUCAUUAAAAAAAAAUAAAAAGGACCCGGAUGCAGAUAUUGACGUUUUCACGUGCCCUCUCUGCUUACGUCACUACAGCGAUCCCAAACAACUGGACUGUCUUCACAAUUUCUGUGAGGGAUGUCUCAAUACGUACAUCACGUCCAAGGAAAAGAAAGACCUGCUCGAUGGGAAAUUCACAUGUCCAAUUUGCCACAUCCCGACUUCCAUUUCCGUUCCCGAGUCUAAUCCAGAGACUUGGACAGGACAACUUCCGGAUAAUAGUCUAAUAGCAUCCCUUGCGGAGGGAGUUCCGUUGAACAGCGAGACGCAGGUAUGUACGCCGUGUAAAAGGGAGGGAAAGACAUCGGCUGCGAAACAUUGGUGUAGGGAUUGUUUCGAACCUCUCUGCGAGUUUUGCAAAGGAAUACAUCGUAAGAUUAAGCAGAUAACGGGCCAUCGCAUCAUUCCUCUUGAAGAGGCCCGAAAUAAACCCGGAAAUCGCCGACUAGAACCGAAAACUGACGAAACAUGCACAGAACACAAGGGCAAAACUGUCGAGUUGUUUUGUCCGGGGCACCGGAAGCUUUGUUGCGUAGUGUGUUUUGCUACGAAUCACCGAGAAUGUCACGGAAUCAAAAUGAUUGACGAGUUAGUUACAGACAUCAAGAGCACGGGGGAGCUUGCGGAAGUCGUAGACGCCAUGACUGAAAUCGUACACAGAGCAGACGAACAAAUCGCCGACAAAUCGCAGGCAACGACGUUACUGAAUCUCAAGUACGCCGAGCUGACCGAGAAAAUCGAGCUUUUGACUCAGAAGGCCAUCGAGCGCCUCGAACUUCUCAGAGAGGAAUCGCUGCGUCGUUUCGAAAAAUUCCACAUCAAAGAAACGAAGGCACUCGAACAUCGAAUGUCUGUUCUUCAAAGCUCGAAACUUGCAAUGGAUCUCGAUCUGAAAUACUUGGAGGCAGUGGCAAAACACGGAAGUAGCUCGAUGUUGUUUAUAACGUCAGAAAGACUGCGUCAUCAAAUUGGGUUUCAUCGCGAGAUUCUGACAGUGGAUAAAGAAAAGGCCGAAGACUUGGACUACAGAUUUGAAUUCAAUGAACACUUUUUGGCAACGGCUGAGAAAAUCACGUCACUUGGAAAACUUAGAGUUAAACGAUCUAACGUGGAGGAAAAUAAUCACGUCAAUGGAGAACAGGGCCUUGAACGUAACGCUCCAGUCAUAGAUCUCGCCUCACGGAGUCUGGAAACGUACACGGUCAUGUCCGGGAAAAUCCCGCACUCGAUUAUGGGAAAUCCGGAACCGUUCAGCCUGAAGCUGAUCAAAGAAAAAGACUACAACGGAUCGACUCCUAACGAGCGGCGGAUCGUCUGGUUCACUGGAGGAAUGUUCAUGGCGGACGGAGUCCAUUUCCUUAUGGCGGACUACAACAACCACAAGCUGAAGAAGUUCAAGAGGGAUGUCUAUUACCCCGUAAUGGAAUUCCCGCUCGAUUCGGCGCCUUGUGACGUCACAGCAGCAAACAAUGAUGACGAAAUUAUCGUUACUCUACCACACGUCUGCAAAAUAGUGCAUUAUCGUAUCAACAGUGAGGGACUUAAGUUGCUGGGCGCUAUCACCACGCACUCGGCUCCGGAAGGCGUGGCGUCUAUGGGAGACAAGAUUGUCGUGUCGUUUGGGGACUGUAUCAAAAUUCUCGGGGAGGACGGGGUUGAGAUCCAGACGAUUCCGACGCUAGAGAGCUUUACUUACACUGCCCCUGUGGUGGUGUCACGUGAUAACCAAAAGAUCUAUCAUCGGGAUGGAGAGGCUAUCGUGUGUAGGUCAACUGAAGGGGAAGAAGUAUUUAGAUAUCAGGACCGAGCUCUGAGAGAACCGGCUGGGUUAGCUUUGGAUUUCGAGGAUAACAUUUACGUGUGUGACUGCAAAUCGAACACCAUUUUCCAGGUGACGUCAGACGGAUCACGUGGUCGGGUCGUCCGCUCCGCUCGGGUUAAUGUCGGUAGUCCGGUGGGGAUCGGAUUCGAUCAAACCGGAAGAAGAUUAUGGGUCACAGCCAACAUAAGGAGAUCCGGGCAACUGCUGACCAUGUUCUACUUAAUAAAUUGAGCACUCAAAAUACCAUUUAAACAGAACCGCCAUCGAAAAGUGUCAUACAUGUUGUAUGCCAGAUUAUAGUGUAAUACGUGAAUUCUUAUAGUUGUAUUUAAUUUAUUCAAUAAUUUAUUGAAGUUGUGUUGUCAGUGGUGAAUGAUUGUAUACUGUAAACCAUUUUUUAUUCGCGUGUGAGAAAUUUUCGCGAGGUUCGCGAGGAACUCGUCGUCGCGAAUAUUUCUCACCGCGAACCAGUCGUAGUAGAAUGGUUGUUACAACAAGACGGGUCUGGAUUAGGCUUGGUCGCAAACUUUAGUCGUCGCGAACCAGUUUAUCGGAAGUGUAUCGCGAAAUAAAGCCGUCGCAAAUAAAAGUUGGUUUACAGUAUUUUUGAUAGAUUCUAGAAUUUUUAAAAUAUUAGCUUUAACGAAUAGGCAUGAUUAUAUUUUUAAUAUAUUUCAUUU